GGCUGGCUGACAGACGAGUGCCUGGCGCGCUAUGUGCGCGCGCGCAAGGGAGUGUACGAGGACACAAAGAAGGCGCUCCGGAAAACCAUCGAAUGGCGCGCAACUGCACGGCCACACGCCCUGCGGCCUGACGUGGUCGAGAUCGAAAACCGGACGGGCAAGAUGUACUUUAACGGCUUUGACAAGUUCUCGCGGCCCAUCAUAUACAUGUACAACCACCGGCAAAACACCAAAGAGGCGGAUAACCAGAUCCGCUGGGUCAUCUACACGCUCGAGAUGUGCAUUCGAAACAUGCCUCCGGGCGUCGAGAAGGUCACUUUGGCCAUUGAUGCCACGCAUUGGGGCUUCUCGAACGCGGUGUCCAUCGGCAUAGCAAAAAAGUUCCUCGACAUCUUGGGCAACCACUAUCCGGAGCGGCUGGGUCGCGCUGUAGUGUUCAUGCCACCAAAGUUCUUUGUCGCAUUCUACAGCCUGGUGUCGUCGUUCAUCGACCCAGUCACCAAGGCAAAGGUCGCCUUUGUGAGCCCCAGCUCGCCGCCCGAUGCCCAGGCCCAGCAGGCGGACAACAACAGCAGCAGCCCGUGGAUCUCGGCUGACGAGUGCUUCAACGUUGAUAUGCUGGAGGCGGACUGCUACGGCAACUGGAAGUUCCAGUACAACCACGCUGUCUACUGGAGCGCCAUA